AUGGCAGCCGCGUCCACCUCGUCGCAAGCCAACGGUACCAGUUACGAUUCCGUAAAGCGCAUGCGCACCGACGAUGGCACGGGCUCGCAGCAUGGCACGGGCUCACGGGGCUCGUUUGACGCAUCGGAGCGCAAACGAAAAACACCUACGCCGGCAUAUCACAUGAUCGAGACGCCCCGCGCGCAGCCGCUGCCGCGACCCGUGGACAACGAUGACGAUAACGCCAACAAUUCGGACUCGACAUCCGACAACGACGAUAUCCCGGCCCGGCUACCCGACUCGGUGCGACAGAGUUUAAUUACGAGUCAACGAUUGUAG